UGGUAGCUCAAGUGCCUCAAAAUUGCGGGCUCGCUAUGGUUACUGAAGAAGCCAAAUCAAAGAAGCAAAUAAGUGACGAAUGCAUCAUAAACCGCCUCCCGGGAGACCUCAUUGAGCGGAUAUUUUUGAGGCUUCCAGUGAGCACUCUGUUGAGCUGCAUCGGUGUUUGCAAGCAUUGGCACGACUUCAUCCGGGGUCCCCAGUUUGUUACAUCACACCUCCAGGAUGCACCCCGUUAUGCCUUUCUAUUCUUUCCACAAGGUUUGGUUUCAGGCGAGCCCUACCCUAGUGAUGCUAUCCUAAUUGACGAAGCCUGGUCACCCUCUACAUAUGCAGUGCCAGUGAUUGGGCCCGACGAUCUCCUCUUUGGUACGUGCAAUGGCCUUCUUGGCUUAUACACAAAGACAUCAACGAUCAAGAUAGCAAACUUUACAACUGGUGAAUAUAUGCAUCUUAAGAAACCUGCCAAGAAUAUGAGAGGUGAUCACUUCUCUUUCUACAGUUUUGGAUUUCAUCCUGUGACAAAAGAAUACAAGAUUACCCACUUCCUUGGUGAUUGCAUUGAGGGUCGUCCCAGUAACAAACACAAGUUCAGUUUUAUUGAAGUUUACACGCUUGGUGAUAAGAAAUGGAAAGAUAUCCCAACACCAGAACCUCUUAGCUUGAACAGUGUGAGAAACUCUGGGGUUGUCAAUGUUGAUGGCACAAUGUAUUGGUUAACUGAAGAUAAGACAGCUAGCUGGCAACACACACUUGUGUCCUUUGAUCUCAGGGAAGAAAAUUUUGCAAUGAUACAACUGCCAGUAGAACGUGAAGAUGAUGAUUAUUUUGGUCCUCGUAUGUUCUGGAUCAGAGAUAUAGGUGGUAAAUUAUGUAUAGUAACUGCUCAAACCGGUCGUUAUGAUGCCAGAAUUCUUGUUGGUGAGCUGCAGAUAUGGACACUUGACAACCCAGUAGAGCAAAGGUGGAGCCAGAAGCACAAUAUUAAGAACCCUCCAAAUUACAUUCCAGGUCCACAUUUUGUUCACAUGGAUAGGAUCCUCGCACAGAGCUUCUUCAGCGUAGAUUCGUUCGAGUUGAUUAGUGAGAACACUGAGGUUAGCUGCAGUAAGGUGGCAACGCUGUUUGAUUUCAGCCCCCGCAAGCUGUACAACAUGCAAUCCUACAUCUGUGUGAAGUCACUUGUAUGCUUAGAUGUUUACAAGAAGGGUGGCAUUGUGUGUAGACCAAAACAGGAAGUAGGCUGGAAAUUGAAGAAGUGGGAGGUAUGGGAGAAUGAGCUUCGCGAGGCAGAGAACAUGCGGAGAGAAAUCCAGAAACUUGAUCAUAAUUUUUCUGAAGUCACAGAAAAAAUUAUUAAAUUGUAUCAGGUUUUAGUGGAUAGCACACAUGCCAUUUCUGAACGUGUACGCAUGGAACUCGAUCAUGUGUUGCAGCAUAAGCCAGAAAAUCGUAAUCAGCCAAGGUUCCUCCGACGGCUUAACUGGGUGGAACGGAAACGGGACAAGGAUGAGUUAACUUUGCGGUCAAAUAAGAUUAAUGACAGAAUGCAGGUAAUUCAUCAGGCGCAGAAAAACAUCAGUAGUAUUGUAAGAAGUUAUAUGCCGGACCAGGGUAUUUCAAUUCCUGGCGUUUCUUCCACCGCAGAUAAGAACCAAUAAGAGAACCUUCCGUGUCUCGGCUGGCAACGCCGCCGGUCCGUGUGGCCUCAGCCUUUGGGUUGUUGGAGGUGUGGCA